AUGAUGUUGUUGUUCACAUGUUGUUUAUUGCGAUAUUCCAGAACAGAUGUGGUAUUGCACGAGUUGUAUUUGCAACUGAGGCAUGACGUUUUGGAUGACCGAUUACAGCCGCCCAAUGAUGCACUCUACGAGUUGGCCGCACUCGCUCUCCAAGCCGAAUACUCGGAUCGACCGAGCAAUCCGGCACUUCUUGAUUACUUCCAGUUGGAACACUAUUUACCUGAGGCAUCUUCAUUUUUUCUCAUCAUUUUUGCGAAGUUUCGAACUCGAACUUAUCUGCAUGAAAUUUUUUCAGUGAAGCGUUUUCAGCGAGCGAUCGAUCUGAACGAUGAACGUCGUUUAAUAAAAGUUCUAUGUGAACUCCAUAGUCAUUACGGUGGUUUGAAUAGUCAUGAGGCUGAAGCACAAUUCAUAAUGCGUUGCCAAAGGUUAUCAGACUACGGCGGUCAUUUCCAUCGAGUGUACAAGAUGAAGCCGUCAUCGAAUCUCGGCAACACUCCACUCGGUGAUCCACAAACGGGUUUUCCGCAAUGGAUUGGCAUCUUACCGCGGGGUAUUUUGCAGUACGAGGAGCACAGAGGAGUACGACAUGAAGUUGCCGAGCAUUUGUGGCAAGAUACGCAAACGUUGCAGUUCGAUAAGAAACGAUUCGUGAUUGUCUCGGAAUUACAUCAUCCACCACAAAGUGUCUUCUAUACAGAUCAUUAUACCAAGUGUGUGCACUUUUGA